CCGAAUGAGUAUUUCAAACAACUCUUUUGCAGCCAUUGCUGCUAUAAUUUCUCUUCUCGUGCUCUCUAGCAUGGAAUGCCAUGCACAACUUUCAUCAACAUUCUAUGACCGCACUUGCCCUAAUGCUCUCAACACGAUUCGUUCAAGUGUUAGACAAGCAGUGUCGAGUGAGCGUCGUAUGGCCGCGUCCCUCAUUCGCCUUCAUUUCCAUGAUUGUUUUGUUCAGGGUUGUGACGCUUCGAUUUUACUUGAUGAAACCCCUACGAUUGUUAGUGAACAAACUGCGUUGCCAAAUCUUGGGUCAGCUAGAGGUUAUGGUGCUAUAGAAGCCGCAAAAAGAGAGCUUGAGAAAACAUGUCCUGGAGUGGUAUCAUGUGCAGACAUACUUACUGUCGCUGCUAGGGAUGCAUCGGCUCUCGUUGGCGGUCCAUCAUGGACUGUGAAACUCGGAAGAAGGGAUUCAACCACAGCGAAUCAUGAUCUUGCAAAUACUGACCUUCCUGGUUUUUCUGAUCCUCUUCAAAGACUUAUUUCUAGCUUUGCAAGCAAGGGUCUUAGCACAAGGGAUAUGGUUGCAUUGUCAGGAGCACACUCAAUUGGCCAAGCACAAUGUUUACUUUUCCGUGAUAGGAUUUAUAGCAAUGGAACAGACAUCGAUGCUGGAUUUGCUAGAACUAGACGAGGUCGGUGUCCUCAAGAAGGUCAAAAUGGAAAUCUAGCUCCACUUGAUUUGGUUACACCUAAUGCUUUGGAUAAUAAUUACUUUAAGAACUUAAUGCAAAGAAAAGGUCUUCUUCAAUCAGACCAAGUCCUUUUCAGUGGAGGAUCUACUGAUAAUAUUGUUUCUGAAUAUAGCAACUCUCCGCGAGCAUUUGCCUCUGAUUUUGCCGCUGCCAUGAUCAGGAUGGGAGAUAUCAGUCCCCUAACCGGUCAAAAUGGGAUCAUAAGAACUACUUGUGGCUCUAUAAAUUGAUCUUCCAAAGGCCUAGCUAGCUUGCUAUUACUUGUAUAAUUGUGAAGUGUAUUUGCAUUGAUUUGAUUCUUUCCCUGUGUAAUAUUUUAAAAAUGAAAUU